AGAAAAGGAAGUCCGAGCCUGGGCUUGGGGCGCAGAGACAGCAUCUGGAGGGGUGGAGAGCAGACAUCAGCCAGGACUUCCCAACACGUCAACACCAAGUGACAGGAACAGCAGCCCCACCAGGCCACUGCACCACCGUCAGCUGCCCCACUUCCGGGGGCGGGACACCUGCCUCAGUGCUUUCCGUGACGCGAGUCUUCUGCCGGGCGGGCGCGGGCUGUGGGUGAGGCGACAUUUCCUGUCCCGGGGGCUAGGGCGAGGGGAGCCAGGAGUUGCUGAGCAUGCACACCUCGGGCGAGCCCAGACACCCACCCUGUGCUGGGGGCCCCUCAUAGGCUGCCCCAUGGAGGUGCCCUUGGCCCAGAUAUGCCCCCAAGCCUGAGCGCCCACCUCAGGGGUGAGAGAGCUCGCCCCCCUCCCCCAUUCCCUUUUGGGGGAGCUCCGGGCCCAUCCUCCCUGGGCGCAAAGGCAGGCAAGGCGAGGGAGCAAGAAGACGAAGUGCACGGAAAUCACGGAGCCCCCAGCCCAACCUUCAGCACGUCCCAGACCAUGGACUCGACCCGCGGGAGCUGCCAGGGCCUUGGCUUGCUCCCCAGGCCCAGACUGCAGGCCCUGAGGGGCGAGGAAGCCCAGCCCAGCCCCAGGGCCCUGGCUGUCCACACCACGGUAUGGCCCCAGGCCUCGGGGGCUGCCCCCAUCCCAGCGCCAGCAGAGAGAGCUGAGGAGGUGCCUGGAGAAGGAGGCCUGACCCUGCAGGCCGAGGCCCGGGCUUGGUUCCAGAGGACCCAGGCCCACCAGCUCCUGCAGGACGGGGCCGCCCCUGCCUGGUUCCACGGCUUCAUCACCCGGAAGGAGGCCGAGAGGCUGCUGGAGCCCAAGCCUCCGGGAUGCUACCUGGUGCGCUUCAGCGAGAGCGCCGUGACCUUCGUGCUGACGUACAGGAGCCGGACCUGCUGCCGCCACUUCCUGCUGGCCCAGCUCGCGGACGGGCGCCACGUGGUGCUGGGCGAGGACAGCGCCCACACGCGGCUGCAGGACCUGCUGCAGCACUACUCGGCCUGCCCGCUCAGCCCCUACGGAGAGACCCUCACGGAGCCCCUCGCCCGCCAGCAGACUCCGGAGCCUGCGGGACUUUCCCUGAGGACUGAAGAGGCAGACUCUGGAGGCAAAAGCCAGGAUCCAAACCCCCAGUACAGCACAGUCAUCAAGCAGGGGCAGGCCCCGGCCCCAACACGGACAGAGGGGGCCUGGGAGCCAAAGGAGCUCUGCCAGCCGCCCAGGCCCAAGCCUCCUGUGCCUGCCAAACCCCAGCCACCGCCGGAAGUCUACACAAGCCCCGCUCCGCGACCCCGCCCGGCCCUACCCCCCAAGCCCACCAACCCCAUCUACCACGAGCCUGAUGAGCCCAUAGCCUUCUACGCCAUGGGCCAGGGCAGCCCCAGGGAGGCCCCUGGCAACAUCUAUGAGGAGGUGGAAGUGCCGUCCGCCACGGCCGGGCACCCCAUGCUCCGGAAGUGCUGGUCCAGGCCGGUCCCGGGAGGCCAGAACCCAUGUGGCGGGCAGCUGCCAUCUGAGAGCGCCGUGGCUGGACAAGGCCCUCCCCUGCCCCAGCAGCCCCCGCUGCCCUGGAGGCACACCCUCCCCCACAACCUUUCUAGACAGGUGCUUCAGGACAGAGGACCCCUUGGGCCUCCUCAGUAGGUGGUGAGUCAGGAUAACUUGGAACAUCGGGUUCACACACACCUGGGCGGCCGUCUCAGGAAACGCGGGUGGAACAAAGCAUGGGUGAUCGAAGCUGGAAAGGGCCUCAGCCUCAUCUAUUGCAAGGUUGGCAAAGAGGUGUCAUCUCGCAUGCCAACUCCAAUCCAUUGGUCGUGGCUGCCUAGAGCGCUGCCUUGGAAAGGAUAUUAAGGUCAUGUCUGAACUCAGCAGAAAAGAACCCCGUGAUUGAUUAGUGAUGUCUGCCCUGGGAGAGGGAGGGAGGAGGAGCAGCAGCAGCAUUUCAUUUGCCCUUACUGAUCAAGUCCACCUCCCUCUGGAGGCAGAUGAGAAAACGAAGCCAGAGAGGGAUGGUGGUGACACACCAAGGUCAAGGACUGAGAACCCAGGCUUCCUGAUCCCCCCGUUUAGUGCUCUGUUCUUACCCCACAUCCACCGGCUCUCUGCACAGGAAGCAUCAGAGAUUUCCUCAAAUAGGAAACCUGGCUGCUUUCCCCAGUCCUGCUGCAUGGGUGCCUGGGUGCAGGGUCCCCUCCUCUGGACACCACCACCCACCACCCAAGAAGCCUGGAGGUCUGAGACGCAGAUGUGGGGUCUGCUUCCUCCUAGGAACACUGGCUCCCUCCCGGGAGUCCCCAGGAACCCAGUGGCUCGGGGGUUGGCCACCCUGUAGGACAGCCGGGAAGUGUGCUAGGAGAGCCUUGCUGGCUCCCGCAGCCCCAUUUCUCCUCCUGGAGUCUAAUUUCCUUGGCCCUCUGCACCUUUGAGUCUGGGCUCUGGUCCAAUGCUGCUGUUGUCUGAGGAAUGGUUUGGUGAGAACAGAUGUUGGAACUUGUUUGUUGAUUCUUGUCUGGCUAAUAAAUCAUCACCAACAA